UGGUGUGGCGUCUCGGCGUUGUGAGAAUUCUCUGUUUUUCCUAUAAGUUUCACUUGAUAUCCCAUAUCUUAAAACAAAACACAUAAUUCUUCUUUGUUUUUUCGUAAAUUGAUUCACUGGUUAUGCUUAGUUUCUCAUUAUAGAGACCAAUAACAACAAGACCCAGAUUCAGAUUUUGCUUCGUUUUGUUAGGGGAUUGCGAUGGCUGCUAGUAUAGCUUAUAUAGGUGGCCAUUUGCAAUAUGGGGUGAACUUUUGCAAGGGGCAAAGUUAUAAACAAGCUGUCUGGGUUCCUGGUGUCAUAUUCAAUGGAUGCCUUCAAAGAGAACUCUCAUGGUCAUGUGGGGUGUCCAAGUUUCUGCAGAUCCGUCAGUGUAAUUUGUUUCGAUCUCCGUCGAACAAAAAAUCGAAGUCCUUUAGGACACUCGCCACUUCGGCUUACUUGAGAGAUGGUACAACAAAGUAUUUCGAUUUUGCUGUCAUUGGCAGUGGAGUUGCAGGACUUCGCUACGCCCUUGAAGUUGCGAAACAUGGAUCCGUUGCAGUGAUCACCAAGGCUGAGCCUCAUGAGAGUAAUACGAACUAUGCACAAGGUGGUGUUAGUGCUGUGCUGUGCCCUUCUGAUUCCAUUGAGAGUCACAUGCAGGAUACAAUUGUAGCAGGAGCUUACCUCUGUGAUGAGGAGACUGUUAAAAUUGUCUGUACCGAAGGACCCGAUAGAAUCCGAGAAUUGAUUGCAAUGGGGGCUUCAUUUGACCAUGGUGAGGAUGGAAAUUUGCAUCUAGCAAGGGAGGGGGGCCAUUCUCAUCACCGAAUUGUUCAUGCUGCUGACAUGACUGGGCGAGAGAUUGAACGGGCUCUACUCGAGGCAGUCAUCAACGAUCCCAAUAUUUCUGUUUUCAAACACCAUUUUGCAAUCGAUUUACUUACUUGUCAGGAUGGUUUGGACACUGUUUGUCAUGGUGUUGAUGCUUUAAAUACUGAAACACAAGAGGUUGUCCGCUUCAUUUCUAAGGUAACUUUACUCGCAUCUGGUGGUGCAGGACAUAUCUAUCCAUCAACAACGAAUCCUCUGGUGGCGACUGGGGAUGGGAUGGCCAUGGCACAUCGAGCUCAAGCUGUGAUUUCAAACAUGGAAUUUGUGCAGUUUCACCCAACAGCCUUGGCUGAUGAAGGUCUUCCUAUCAAGCCGAAGAAAACUCGAGAAAACGCAUUUCUUAUUACUGAAGCUGUAAGAGGUGAUGGAGGCAUCCUCUACAAUUUAAGCAUGGAACGGUUUAUGCCCUUGUAUGAUGGGAGGGCUGAGCUUGCUCCAAGGGAUGUGGUGGCAAGAAGUAUCGACGAUCAACUCAAAAAGCGCAAUGAGAACUAUGUGCUGCUUGAUAUAAGUCAUAAACCGAGAGAAAAGAUUCUCUCCCACUUCCCAAACAUUUCUAAUGAAUGCCUCCAGCAUGGCCUCGAUAUAACUCGGCAGCCAAUUCCUGUGGUUCCUGCUGCCCAUUACAUGUGUGGAGGAGUCCGUGCUGGACUCCAAGGAGAGACGAACGUGCACGGCUUGUAUGUAGCUGGUGAGGUCGCAUGCACAGGCUUGCAUGGAGCAAAUAGACUCGCUAGCAAUUCAUUACUUGAGGCUUUAGUUUUCGCACGAAGAGCUGUCCAGCCCUCAAUCGAUCACAUGAAGAGUUCUAAUCUAGAUCUCAGAGCUUCGGAUUUGUGGACCCUACCCUUGGUCCCGAAAUCACUUGGAAGUGAUGUGAUGCACAAAAUACUGAGGACGACAAAGGAAGUGAGGAAAGAACUACAAUCAGUAAUGUGGAAAUAUGUCGGGAUUGUCCGAUCGACAAGAAGACUACAAGAAGCCGAGCAAAAAAUCGGCGAGUUGGAGGCCAAAUGGGAAACAUACUUAUUCGAGCACGGGUGGCAGCAAACAAUGGUGGCACACGAGGCUUGUGAAAUGAGGAACCUCUUUUGUUGUGCAAAGCUUGUGUUGAACAGUGCUCUCGCAAGGCAUGAGAGCCGUGGACUUCACUACAUGAUCGAUUUUCCUCAUUUGGAGGAAAGUAAGAGGUUACCAACGGUGAUUUUCCCGAGUUCCGGUACAACGAGUACGUGGAGUUCACGACAACUACACCAGCAUUCGACAUGUUAAUCCAUGAUCUGGUUAUUCCAUCAUAGCCUAUCAUAUAUCAUUGAAAAACCUCUGGAAAGGAAAUAGAUCUUCCAUUAUAUCAUAUUUGGGACAGCUUUAAAGAAAAGCUAAGGCUGUCCCUGUUCUUAUUUCACCCAUUUUAACUGUCUGAUUCAUUCCUGUAGAAAUAAAGAAGUUUUCUUCCCAGUUUCAGAAUGAUUGCAUGUAUAUCAUGUUGGGAUUGAAAGCUGCCUGUUCUUCUGGUAACCGUUGAACUGAAAUUAAAAUAUUAGGCAUACUGAAGCAAGAACAUGUUACAUUGUCGGCAGUCUGUACCUGCCUAGAAAGCUUCACGUCUCGAACUGUAUGGACAAGGACGCUAUUUGAUGUCAUGACAUUGACUUGUGGGUUUUAUCA